GAAGGCUCCCUCCCACCUUUCCCGAUUCCCCGGCUCGCUCCGCGCUCCCAGCCCGUCCCGCAGCCCCUCCCGGCCGAGCCUCUCCGUGCCGGGGGCAUUCCCCGCUCCCGGCGGCCCCACAGCAACGCCCCCGGGGAGGAGCGGCCGGGGCCGCGCCGCGCUCGGCGGCGGAAGGGUUAAACCGGGGAAGUGCCGCAGCUCCGGGGCGGCCCCCGGCCCCCCCUUGCCGGUUGCCCGGCCAUGCCCGCCCGGCGCCCUCCGCUGCCAACUCGCGCUGCGCUUUCUGCGGGGCCGGGCGGCGGCGGCCGGCCCUGAGCGCUCGGCUCCCGGCGGCUCCCGGCGGCUCCCGGCGGCAGGCCCCGGCCCAGCCCGGCGCUGCCCUCAGCGAGCUCCUUUCUGCCCUUAGACAAGCCCAGAGUGCUGCCUGACAGGAGCCAGAGAUGACCAAGGAAGAAGAUCUACCAGACUGGAACUCAUCCAAGGAGUUUUAUGAAAAAUAUGAGCCGAAGGAGGUUUUGGGCAGGGGGGUGAGCAGCGUGGUCCGGCGGUGCAUCCACAAAAUCACGAGGCAGGAAUACGCCGUGAAGAUCAUCGACAUCACGGCGGGGAACAUCUCCCCCAAGGAGGUGCAGGAGCUGCGGGAAGCCACCACCAAGGAGAUCGACAUCCUCCGCAAGGUCUCGGGCCACCCCAACGUCAUCCAGCUGAAGGACAGCUAUGAAUCCAGCACCUUCUUCUUCUUGGUGUUUGACCUGAUGAAGAGAGGGGAGCUCUUUGACUACCUCACUGAGAAAGUCACCUUGAGCGAGAAAGAAACCAGGAAGAUCAUGCGAGCGCUGCUGGAAGUGAUCCAGUACCUGCACUCCAUCAACAUCGUCCACCGGGACCUGAAGCCGGAGAACAUCCUGCUGGAUGAUGACAUGAACAUCAAGCUGACAGACUUUGGCUUCUCCUGCCAGCUGAACGAGAAUGAGAAGCUCAAAGAGAUCUGUGGCACUCCUGGCUACCUGGCCCCCGAGAUCCUGCAGUGCUCCAUGGAUGAUGAGCACCAAGGCUACGGGAAGGAGGUGGAUAUGUGGAGCACCGGGGUGAUCAUGUACACCCUGCUGGCCGGCUCGCCGCCCUUCUGGCACCGCAAGCAGAUGCUGAUGCUGCGCAUGAUCAUGAACGGCGAUUACCAGUUCGGCUCCCCGGAGUGGGACGACCGCUCCGACACCGUCAAGGACCUGAUCUCGCGGUUCCUGGUGGUGGACCCGCAGCAGCGGUACACGGCGGGCGAGGCGCUGGCACACCCCUUCUUCCAGCAGUACGACGUGGAGGAGGUCCGGCACUUCAGCCCCUUCCGCAAAUUCAAGGUGAUCUGCCUGACCGUGCUGGCCUCGGUGAGGAUUUACUACCAGUACCGGCUGGUGAAGUCGGUGACCAGGGAGCUGGUGGUCAGGGACCCCUACGCCCUCAAGCCCGUCCGCAAGCUCAUCGACGCCUGCGCCUUCCGCACCUACCGCCACUGGGUGAAGAAGGGGGAGGCCCAGAACAGAGCUGCCCUCUUUGAGAACACCUGCAAGGCCAUCCUGCUCACCCUGGCAACUGAGGAGGGGCUGUUCUGAUCGCUGCCCCAGCCCCUGGUUUGGCUCACAGUGAAGUAAAAUCUUGGAAAACAAA